AACAUUGUUUCAAGUUGGACAAAUUGACAAGAGCGAGAGAUACCCUGCGUUCCAUCCCGACCUGGGGCCACAGUGCUGGGCCGUGUUUCCCCCUCCUCGGCCCCUGAGAGCCGGGGCUCGCUUUCUGCAGGGUUCCCAGGCCCCCACUCCAGGGCCGGGCUGACCCGACUCGCUUGCGCUUCAUGGAGAACUUCCAAAAGGUGGAAAAGAUCGGAGAGGGCACGUACGGAGUUGUGUACAAAGCCAGAAACAAGUUGACGGGAGAAGUGGUGGCGCUCAAGAAAAUCCGCCUGGAUACUGAGACUGAGGGAGUACCCAGUACUGCCAUUCGAGAGAUCUCUCUGCUUAAGGAGCUGAACCAUCCUAAUAUUGUCAAGCUGCUGGAUGUCAUCCACACAGAAAAUAAACUCUACCUGGUUUUUGAAUUUCUGCACCAAGAUCUCAAGAAAUUCAUGGAUGCCUCUGCUCUCACUGGCAUUCCUCUUCCCCUCAUCAAGAGCUAUCUGUUCCAGCUGCUCCAGGGCCUAGCUUUCUGCCAUUCUCAUCGGGUCCUACACCGAGAUCUUAAACCUCAGAAUCUGCUUAUCAACACAGAGGGGGCUAUCAAGCUAGCAGACUUUGGACUAGCCAGAGCCUUUGGAGUCCCUGUUCGUACUUACACCCAUGAGGUGGUGACCCUGUGGUACCGAGCACCUGAAAUCCUCCUGGGGUGCAAAUACUAUUCCACAGCCGUGGACAUCUGGAGCCUUGGCUGCAUUUUUGCUGAGAUGCACCUAGUGUGUACCCAGCACCAUGCUAGGUGCUGUGGGGAACAUAGAAGAAAUGGAAGACACAGUCUCUGCCCGCUGUGCUCCUAUCUAGAAGUGGCUGCACCACAAGGAGUGGGGAUGACCGCAGUGUCUACCCCACACCCCGUGACCCGCCGGGCCCUAUUCCCUGGAGAUUCUGAGAUUGAUCAACUCUUUCGGAUCUUUCGAACUCUGGGGACCCCAGAUGAAGUGGUUUGGCCAGGAGUUACUUCUAUGCCUGACUAUAAGCCAAGCUUCCCCAAGUGGGCCCGGCAAGAUUUUAGCAAAGUCGUGCCUCCCCUGGAUGAAGAUGGACGGAGCUUGUUAUCGCAAAUGCUGCACUAUGACCCCAACAAGCGGAUUUCGGCAAAGGCAGCUCUGGCUCACCCUUUCUUCCAGGAUGUGACCAAGCCAGUACCCCACCUUCGACUCUGAUGUCCUUUCUCAAGCUCCAACAACCCCCAAUCUUACCCUCUCCUCCUGGGUGGGCUUGACCUGGCUUGGCCCUGCGCUAUUUGAACUCUGGUGGGCUCUCUGAUCUAGUCUGGCUGCCUUAAUAGUCAAGUCACCUUUUCCUAUUUGCCAGCCACCUCUGAGGAUACAGGGGUGGAGAGAAGGAGUAGGUAAAAAUGAAAGGAAGUUUCAGUAUUAGAUGCACUUAAGUAAGCCUCCAUCACUUUCUCCCCCUCCUCAUAGUUAUUGCUGAGGAGGGCUGGUAUUUAAAAAAAAAAACAAAAAAAAACCUGACUACUCUCUCACAUCAGACUUGCCAUCCCAAUCUCUGAAUGCCCCAUAAUUAUUAUUUCCUGUGUUUGGGAUGACAGGGACCCCAAGCCUCCUGCUGACACUGUUUUUGUAAAGGCCAACUAAUAGCAGAGGCUAAGUUGGAACUUUUGAGAACCAAGUAAAAUGAAACAACAAGGAGGUUUUAAAGAAUUGGGUUAAAAAUAAAUCCUAUCAGUUUAUAUCCUAGUUUUAUUGUUUCACCUCACCUAAGAGUCUGGGAGACUCAUGACUUAGCCCUGGUGGGGCUGCAGAAGAAAUGAUUGCCCCCAGUCCCCUUGUCUAUCCCUGUUAUGGCAAGAGGAGUCUGGGAAACUCUGGGGCAGGGAUUGUGCUGCACUCCAAUCUAUUGCUUCACUGCAGCCUUAUGAGGCAAGUGAAAGAUGUUUGAAUUUUUCUCUUCCUUUUAGGAUUCUUAGUUCUUCAGUUGCUGGGAAUCCCUGCUCCCAUCUUCCUCUGAAGGCCACCCCCCACCCCAUAGAAGUGGAAGUUAGGGUUUAGAAAUCAUUUUGAGAAUGCUGACACUUUUUCAGGGCUGUGACUGAGUGGGGGUAUUGGGAAAAAAGAUUUCUUUAAAAGAAGGAUGAACAAUUAUAUUUAUAUUUCAGGUUAUAGUAGAUUUUUUGUCAGUGGGUGGACUUGUUGCCAUGUGCACCUUGGGAUUUUGUAAUGCAAAUGUUAAAAAAAAUACUUUUUUCUUUUUAUGAUUUUUGUCUCUCUUCUCCCACCCUUUGUCCU